AGCAGCAGCAACGAGAGCGAUCUGCGGUAUGAUUUAACAUGUGAACUCUACAGGAUCUCCACCUUCUCGACUUUCCCCCUGAACGUUCCAGUGUCAGAAAGGAGUCUUGCCCGUGCGGGUUUCUAUUACACCGGCCUGAAAGACAAAGUGAAGUGUUUCAGCUGCGGUUUGAUGUUGGAUAACUGGAAGAAAGGAGACAGUGCUUUGGACAAGCACAAGCAACUCUACCCGAGCUGCAGCUUUCUUCAGAGCCUGGGUUCAGCCAACAGUCUCGGUUCCUCGUUCCAUUCUGCCUUCUCGCCUCCAGUUACGUCGAUGGGCGCCAAGAUGAACGUUGAAAGGAAAGCGCCCAGUUUGGAUCAAGGGGGCUAUUUCAGCGGACACUAUGCAAGCUUCCCCCAGGAUCCAGUAGCAUCCAGGGCCGUGGAAGACCUGUCCUAUUUCAGACCCAAAUCUUUCAAUCGCUCCAUGAAGACAGAAGAAGCCAGGCAGCGAACUUUCCAGGCAUGGCCCUUGACGUUUUUGGCACCGUCUGAGCUGGCCAGAGCUGGGUUUUACUAUGUUGGCCCUGCAGAUAGGGUAGCUUGUUUUGCCUGCGGCGGCCAGUUGGGCAACUGGGACCCAGAGGAUAGCGCCAUGUCUGAACAUCGGAGGCACUUUCCCAACUGCCCUUUUGUGCAAAAUCUGUAUGGAGACCUGCCCAGUUUCUCAGUUGCAAACCUGAGAAUGCAAACCCACAGUGCCCGAGUCAGCACCUUCACCAGCUGGCCAAUUACGAUUCCAGUUCGGCCACAGCAGCUUGCAGACGCCGGCUUCUAUUACGUAGGUUGCAAUGACGACGUCAAAUGUUUCUGCUGUGAUGGUGGACUCAGGUGCUGGGAGUCUGGGGACGAUCCAUGGGUGGAGCACGCGAAAUGGUUUCCAAG